UUUUCAAGCGGUUUUGGAUGUACAAUAGACACUCUAUGGCCACUAACUAUACCCACCACAAUUUCCCUCUAUGAAAAGACACUCUUAUUCAGACUCCUAUGAUUUGCGGAGACUACGGAAGUUACUUUUCUUUCCUGAUAAUAUGACGAGGACUUAGUGUCCUUUCGCGAGUCGCCCAAAGAUGACAUUUGAGCAUCCAGUGGCAUCGAGCGGAGCGGUUUAGUGUAAGCGGAUCGCAGACGCCUAAUGAAUUUUCGUCCAUUACGUACGUAAGAACGUGACGAAUUCAAUUAUAGUUUCAUGUACAUAUUGUGAGCAAAUCCAAAUUCCGAGUAUAUCAUGGACGAGGACGAACGGUACUACUGGCACCUGCGGUCCGUAGAUAACGAGGAAGUGCCGCGCUUCCCGCCCACCAACAUGGUGGAGCCACUGACGGCCAGCAGCCUGCUGCAGCUGUACCUCAACACCUUCGUGGCCGCCAAUCUGGCUGAAGCGUGCGUGUUUCCGCUGGACGUGGCCAAGACCCGUAUGCAGGUAGACGGCGAGCAGGCUAGAAAGACGGGCGCCGGAAUGGCCACCUUUCGGGCCACGUUUGGCAACAUGGUCCGGGCGGAGGGCUUCAAGUCGCUUUACGCCGGCUUCUCGGCGAUGGUCACCCGUAACCUGGUCUUCAACUCGAUGCGCGUCGUCCUCUACGACGUCUUUCGGCGCCCCUUCCUCCACGUGAACGAGCGGAACGAGGAGGUUCUCCGGAUCCACCUGGCGUUGGGCUGCGGCUUCACGGCUGGCUGCAUAGCCCAGGCGCUGGCCAACCCCUUCGACAUCGUCAAGGUGCGGAUGCAGACGGAGGGCCGACGGCGUCAGCUGGGCUACGAGGCACGGGUGAGCAACAUGGUGCAGGCCUUUGUGGACAUCUACCGCCACGGCGGACCGGCCGGAAUGUGGAAGGGUGUGGGGCCCAGCUGCAUGCGGGCCUGCCUUAUGACGGCCGGCGACGUGGGCAGCUACGACGUCAGCAAGCGCACUUUCAAGCGCCUCCUGGAGCUGGAGGAUGGCCUCCAGCUGCGCUUCCUUUCCUCCAUGUGCGCCGGGCUGGCGGCCUCCGUGCUCAGCAAUCCGGCGGACGUGAUCAAGUCGCGGAUGAUGAACCAGCCGGUGGACGAGAGUGGAAGGAACCUGUAUUACAGAAACUCGAUCGAGUGCGUCCGGAAGCUGGUGAGGGAGGAGGGCCCCCUGACCCUGUACAAGGGUCUCAUGCCCACGUGGUUUCGCCUCGGACCCUUCUCUGUCCUAUUUUGGCUGUCCGUCGAACAGCUGCGCCAGUGGGAGGGCCAGGCGGGAUUUUGAUGAUCAAGUUUUUGUGUUGGUGUUGCAUUAUGUAACUCUUUUGUCGUAUAAUAAAAGAUACAAGAUACGAGUCGUCGACCAGAGAGCCGAUCUAUUUUAUCGAAAUCAGAAAGCUGUUAAAAUAAUAAACAUUGAAUAACUGUAAUAACUGAUUUAUACACUGUGAAAAGUUGAGAACGAGAAAACCAAGAGCAAAUCCGCUCUAUUUCAGUAUUUUUUCUUAUUACUUUAUCGUGAAAUCGAGGAGAAGUUGUUUUUUGUUCUCGAUUUCGCUAAUCGAGAAGAAAAACUCUUGAAAUCAAAAAUAAAAAAUCAUGGACUCGAGAUAAAAUUAU